AUGUCCUCAGCGGGAGAGGCCGCGAUCCAAGCGACUGGCCGGAUUCCAAGUGAUAAUGAUGAUGAUGAUGAUGAUGAUGGAGAUGGAGAUGGUGAUGGUGAUGGUCCGGCCGAGUUCCAAGAUCGGACAAGGCCGAAGCGAGAGCAUCAGGCCCAUCCCGGCAACGAAGAAGUGGAAAUCGACCAGGCACGCGAAGAGUUCCCUCGAGAACGGGACCAAAUGUCAAAUCCGCUAUCGGCAGAUAGCGAAGAACACGCGGAAAGCCAAGACGAAGGCGGAAAGAAACGAAGAUCCGCGAGAGACCCGACGACACGUUAUGAUGCAGGGCUGGGCGGUCAUCGCUCUUCUUCUUCCAGGGUUCGUCCUCGCAGACCCGGCAGAUCCGACUGCGAUGAAGCAGACAAUGUGCUACCCGACGAUGAUGCAGACAAUCUUAUGCUGCCCGACAUGCGAGGGAAUCCCGGAUGGCACCGCCAGGCCUCAUCCUUGUUUUGCCCCGACGGCUUCUGGUUCAACCCAGUGGGCGGAUACUGCGACUACCCGGAUCCCGAUUACUGCCCGCAAGAAUUGGUCUGCAGCCAAUUCCGCAAAGUGGAACUGUAGACUCCAAUGGGUCGAGGUCAUUCUCGCAUUCGUUUCCCAACGGCAUUGAAUCUCGACUCGAUUCCAAUGUUGAAAGCUGGAAAUGCAG